AAGGACUAUUUUCAAAUAAUAGAAGAAGCAAUCAAUCACCUAUCAAUAUCAUUACUCGGAAUACAAUUGUAAUUAAAACUUUAGAACCACUGAGAUGGAUUGGAUAUUCUACUCAACCAAUGGCUAUGAUAAUGAAUAAUGAUGGCAUUACAGUCUCAAUACGUGGGUUCUGGUCGACAGAAUCAAAGCCUCACAUUGAAGGAGGGCUCUUGAAGGGUCGUUAUUACUUUCAUUCAAUAACAUUUCAUUGGAAAAGCUUUCAUAAUGAUGGUAGUGAACAUAGUUUUGAUAACAUUAAAUAUCCUCUUGAAAUGCAAGUGAUGCAUGUGAAAGAAAAUUUCAAAUCCUUGAGUGAAGCUAUGCAACGAAAUAAUACUAAAAAAGAUAAUAAUAAUAUUGCUAUUAUUUCUUACAUAUUUCAAAUCAAAGACCAAAAAAAUGCAUUACUUGAACCAAUAUUGAUGAAUCUAUCUCGGGUAGAAAAAACUUAUUCAAAAGUUUAUAUCCCUCCGAUUCAUCUUGAUAGUGUGUUGCCUUUAUUCGAAAGUAAAUAUUAUAGUUAUAAAGGUUCAUUAACUCAACCACCCUACUGUGAAAUUGUAACAUGGAUUAUUCAUCCGGAGCCAUUAGUUAUAUCUUCAUUGCAAAUGGCGGAAUUUUGUAAUUUACACUCAACAAAUGGCUUAAUGAUUCGUAAUUCAAGAUCUAUUCAAAGUUUAAAUGAUCGUAAUGUGUUUUUUAUUGAAAAUAAUUAAUCUUUACUAUUAAUAGAGAACCCAC